GACUGGCUGAUGCUCACAGCUCUCAGUCUCUCCUCUGUGCUUCGAGAAGCAGCUUCUCUCUGCUUUUCCUCCCUCCCUCACACACACCGGAUUUCCUACUCUUUUGCCUGAGCUGGGAAGAGCAAACGCAGCGGCUGAGGGGCUCACUCGCUCCAGCUCCAACCACACCAUGCUCCCCUGGAGAAGGAAUAAAUUUGUUCUGGUGGAGGAUGAGGCCAAGAGUAAACCCAAGAGCCUGGGGACCGGGCUGACCUACCAGUCCAUCCUCUCCUCUCUCCUGCGCUCUUGUCCUGACUUGCUGCCCGACUGCCCCUUCGACUGGGUGGGCAGUAUCUUCCAUACCAAACGGCAAAAGGUGGAACUGAACAAAGAGGAACCUGUUUACAAUGUGCGUUACCUGGGGAGUGUGGUCACCAUCACGGCAAAGGGAGACGGCUGCACCCAGGAGGCGGUGGCCAAGAUAUGGGCGAGGAGUAACUAUGGGGAGCAGAGUGUCAAAAUGAGGUUAACAGUGGGGCCGCAAGGCAUCCGGAUGAGUGCUGACAAAUCUGGGAAAAAGAAACCCAUCCAUCUUUACUCUCUGAACAGAAUCACCUACUGCAACGCCGACCCGUGCCGGCCCAAGAUCCUGGCUUGGAUCUACAGGCACCAGGUCAAGAACAUGGCCGUGGUGCUCCGGUGUCACGCUGUGCUUGUUAGCAAGGUGGAGAAGGCCCAGGCCAUCGCCCACAGCCUUUACCAGAACGCCACCUCCGCCUUCAGCGAGUUCAAGCGGCUGAAGCGUCAAAGUGAUUUCCGGCACUGCCAGCAGCAGCUGCUGGGUGAGGAGGCGGUGCCCCUGAUGCCACUGAGGAGGCUGCUGAACGGUCAGUGCCACUACAGACCGCCUGCCGACAACCCCGGGACUGCCACCCGCCUCUGCUCCAUCACAGAGGAAGACGAGGAGGAGGAGGAGGAGGAGGAGGAGGAGGAGGGCAGGAAAGAUGAGAAGCAGGAGGUAGAAGCACUACACAAGGAUGUAGAGGAGCAGCAGGAGAAACAGAGGGUUUUAACAACAAACACAGACCCAACUCAGUUACUAUCAGAGUUGGACAUUGGGGAUAUUGCCCGGUUGGAGCAGUGCCAAAUCAACUUUGUCAGUGACAGCAACAACAACACAUUUACAUUUAUAACCUCUCUGGUGUGACAAGAAGGCAGUUUAAAGAAGGCGAUUCUGCAGCGCAACAGUAACACAUUCCUCUCUUUGUCCUUCACUGGUACCCCACUCAGGCUCCCUCCUGCCCCGUCCAUGUAAUGUGAAGUGUUUACCAGAAACUUCUCCUACUACCGAGUGGUGGCGGAAAGGCCGAAGAUUGUUCUGUGGGAGUAAUUUCUGUUCUGGCCAGAUGGCUGGUUUGACUGUAGCAGUUUGGGAAACUGCGUGUUUACAAAGAGGGCUGGUGAUGCACAGACUAACGAUAGCACAAUGACGAACGAUGACAAUGGUUCCAGAAAACAAGAGAGCGCUGACGCUGAGAUCACUGACACGCGGGUCACAUAUUGAUCAGAGCACCAAGCAGGAUGUGUUUAUCAGUCCUCUGUCUCUUGUUUUUUGUGAGUAUAAUCGAUGCCAUGUUUGCCAGCAGGGACAUUUUUUGGAUCGACUUGUAAUAUUUUUUUCAGGGAGGCUCUUUGUAAAUUUGUGUAAUUUUUCUAACAUGGCAAUCCUCACUGAAAUUGACUGACCUUUUUGAGUGCUUACAAUCGCGAGAUGGAGUUUAUUACGGUUUUACUAAUGAUCACAGCCGACUAAUGAAUAUUAGGCUGUAAUUUAGGAAGCAAGCCAUUCAGUCGACACGUUUAUUGCUGUCAUUUGUUCCCAUCCUUAUCAUUUAUGCAUGACAUGUCAGCAGUAACCUUUUUCAUGCUGAGCUUUUUGACUUUUUUCAUGUGACUCCUUUGGUCCUUCGGCUUUAGGAAUGAACACUGUGAUAAACGUGUGACCAGGGACAAAACACACAACUGUUAAUGCAGCAACAUCUAAUUUGUGUAAUUUUGUGUUUUUCUUACAUACCUAUCCCUGUGUCACCUGGUCCAAAUCAGUAAGAACAACAAAAAUCAGAUCUUAAUUUGUAAUUGCUGUGCUCUUUUUUUUUUAUCCAAAUGUUGUUCAUGCAGUUUUUCCACUCGAGCCCUUGCAAAAAUGCAGACAGACCCUUACAAAUUAACACAAACUGUUUUUGAGUAUGACUUUAGCUAAUUUCCUGCUGAUGAUAUCUGUGCUACUGUCAAGAGAUGCAUUGUGAUUAUUAUGAGAUGAAGCUAUUUAUUUUCCAAAUACGAUGAAUAAAAAUU